AUGUGGGGGGAAUUGUACGCCGGCGCGUGUGCGGACUCCGGCGUGGCGCCGCGAAAAGAAAUCCUCGCGCUGGAGGGCGGCGCGGUGCAUUUGUGCGGCAACACGUUUGACCGCCACAACCAACGCCUCACGGACGACGAGGUGGUGGCCCUCGCGGCGACGUGCGCGCGGCUGCCGCUGGUGGCGGAGCUGCACCUCGGCUACAACAAGGUGUCGUCGCGCGGGGCCGCGGCGCUCGCUGACGCCAUGCAAGGCGGCUUCCGCAGUCUGCAGUGCCUGGACCUGUCGCACAACGCCGUCGAUGCGGAGGGCGCCAACGUCAUCGCCGCCGCCGCCGCCACGCACCCGAGUCUCAGCACGCUUCUGCUGCGCGGCAACCCCAUUGGCGGCGGCGGCGGCCCGCUCAUGGAGAAGCUGCUGCGGAGUGACGAGGGUGGCGGCAGCGGCGUCCUUGCUACGCUGGAUUUGGAGAACACGGAGCAGGACAUGAAGUCGCUUGUGCACAUCGCGCGGGGGUUGGCGCGGAACUCGACGCUGACGACCCUCAAUUUGGGGCGGCCGCUAAUGAGCAAUCCGGACGACGUCGCGUGCGUGGCGCGCCACCUCGCACUCGCACUGACGGGGAACACGACGCUGCGAAGUUUGGGACUGGGCCACUUCAACCUCACCGACGAGGACCUCAGCCUGCUCCUCUCGCCCCUCGGCAACUCGGCUGUCGUCUGCCUCUCGCUGAGAGGCAACAAACUCUCUCAGGAGUCCGGCGCGACGCUGGCGAAGCUGCUGACGCUGCGGCCGGACUUCGUCUCCCUGGACGUGACCGCCAACCGGCUGCGCGAUGUGGGCGCCGCGUCACUUGCGGCGGCCGUCGCGCUGCACCCCGGCCUGCGUGCGCUGCACAUUGCCAGCAACACCAUUGGCGGGCGCGGCAUCUCCGCCAUUGCGAAGGCCGUGGAGACGAACACUUCCCUCGCGUCCCUGCGCCUCUGGGGAAAUGACUUCUCCGACGCGUCGGUGGCCGAGUUGUACGCUCUCCGCGAGAAGAUCGAGUCCCUACAGGAGAAGGACUUUAGCUUUUAUGUUGUGGAUGACCGCCCGAUGCUGGCGCGUGAAUGA